GUCAGCAUUAUUUUGUUGAACAAAAGAUUUCAAGUAAUGAAAUAUCCAAGAACACAAAAUUGAAGAUAAAUUGUGUUUUGUUCCACCAAAGAACACUAUGUAGGCAGUAAAGAAAGUUUAAAAAGAAAAUGUGUUCAUGUUGCUAAACAAAAAAACAAAAAAAGGGAAAAACAAUGUCUAUGGUAUGUUUCCAGGUAUGAAGAAAAAUAUAUCAAUUUACUCAUGCUUCCUAGGCUAAAUUAAUUCUGGAAUUUUUACUGUGUAUGUGUAUGCCUACUUUAAAAAAAUUGAUCUUAGUGACUGCAUAAAAUAAAUGUCUAGGCCCUCCUUCAAAAGGCCUCAUUCCUGCUCUUUCAGUCUUUCCCCACAUUUGUUCUCCCAUGUACACAGCUGCACCUCUUCUAGAGAGAGACUGCAUUUAUUACCUCCAAAUGAACUCUAUGGAUCAUUCCUUAGUUUCUACAUUUGUUGGUAAGUUUCUCUCCCACCAUAAACAGUCCUUUACUCCACAAUUUGCACUUUUAAACCCAACUCCAAUUACCCAAUAGCUCUCUCUAAAGACCAUGAUCAUUAUUAUGAUUUUCCAGUGACCCAACAGCCUAUUGCAAUGGAUCGUGAUUAUUGUUAGGAUUUCUGUCUUCCAAAAUAUGAUGUUUGUGACUAGAGCCCCACAAAUGAGUUUAAAUCUACUUAUCCUAAAAUAAUUGUUGACUCUUGCUUUAUGUGAAUUAAUCAUAUUUUUGAAAAUGUAUGUGUGAGUCUCUUGAGACCAGGCAGGGAGAACACAACUACACAACUCAAAUGUCUUUGUACCCUUGACACUGCCCAACGUAGGGUUGAACAUACUGAAAGCUCACCAUGUGUGCUGGGUGAGCUGGAUGCUGUGGGGAAAGACAAAAAAAACAAAUUAGCUUCUCCAAAGAUUUUGAGCCUAAGGAUUUCCUGGCUUGGAUUACUGUCAUUAAGGCAAACCUCUCAAUAAAAUUCAGAAGUGCUGGGUUAUUAGAGGCAUAUUACACUAUCCACAGAGGCCAAGAAGGUAAUACAAAUGUCUAAAUAAAUAGGGCAUAGGAGUGAUAGGACCUGGGUCUGAAUGGAAGACACUUGUCCUCCCUUAAAGAUUCCAAAAUCAGUUAUGGACUCCAGGCAAACAAUACAUUCAACCAUGAUCAGCAAGCAGGUUGUGACACAUAGAUGGAAGUGACCAUUAACCCAUCCAUCUCUGCAGGCUUUCAUCUCCCUGAGCAGGCAGGAUGCUAUAACCUGGGCAAAAACAGCUCUAGAACACCCAGCCAUGGACAGAGUUCCAGAAGCAAGCCACAUUAAUGUGUCUGCAUGGAAGGCGAUGUUUACAAUCCCCCCACCCUACACACACAAACACACACACACACACACACACACACACACACCCAAGGGCCUCCCUUCCUUCCUCCCACAAUGUCAUUUAAAGAUACAGCCAACCCUGCCUUUCAUCAGCCAUGGUCUCCUCUCCUUGCAUUUCUGAUUUCUUGUCACCCAUUGCCAGAAAUAUCAAAGCUCUCCAUUUGCAAGCCAUAACCACUCGCUCACCUCCCUAAACUCCUGUGCACUUCUCAGUUAUAUUUCCAGGCAAGUGGGGAGUUGGUGAAGUUCCUCCAUCCCAGCCACUCUUCCUCCACUCUUCCUUCCCUCCCCUGUGUCACAAAAGCACUCAGUUUUCUGAGGACAGGUGACCAAACAUGUGUUGUGAAAGGAGUGAGCCGAGCCAGCAGCCUGGUGUGGGAAAUGGAGAAUGAAGAGAAAGUGGGAAAUAGACAUGUGCGUGUGGCACCUCUAGACGCAGGCUCUGCAACCUUCACAGAGGAGCAGACACCUUCUCCUACAGACUGAACCACCACAUGAGCCUCCCUUGUGAAACAGGAGGGCUUUGUGAUGCAGUCUGCAGCUUGUUCUGUCCUCUGUGAGGUGGACAUGACAAGGGUGAAGAACUGGGAGUCAUUUGGCACUAAGCCCCUGAACGCCUAGUUGUGGAGAUGGUUGGUCUCCUUAUGCUAAUGAAGUUUAGGCCAUGUUGAGCCUUAUAUCUGUUCUGUGGGACACUGGAUAUCCCUUAUAUACCUAUGGUUCUCUUUUCAUCCUUAUCCUAAUUAUCUGGCAAAUUAGGCAGAGUUACUAUGGAUUGAAGCGCAAACCUACAAGGAGCUGCUGCCGGCAUCAUCGAAAAGUCAGGCAAAGGAAAAAAGAUGCAGCGUCAAGAGUUAGGAGACCUUCCCAAGAGGAAGCUGAGGAGCUUCAGGAGCUGCUCUCUUUCAUGAAAAGCCAGGGAUGGCUUCCUCAGAAGGAAAGUGUGCGGCAGCUUCUAUGUGCAGAUCCCUACUGCCAAACCUGCAAUGGUGUGGCUCUGGAGAUUGACCAAUUGCUGGAGGGUGAGAAUAACCAGAUCCCCUCUACUUUACUGGGAUCAUCAUGGGGCUCUUCUUGCCUAGAGACGUUGUCCAUGUCAAGUAUGUCUUCUGAGCAGAAUCUGGAGCUCCAUUCCCAGCACUCCAGAGAUUCUUCAGUGGCAUCUGUAACUCCAACACUAAGCCAACUAAUAGAACACAAAUGCUUAACCCAGACAGUUUCCCAGAAAAAUGAUGGAAUCAGAAUCCAAGAAUACUGGGCCGAUCACCUCAAGUUAGAGCAGGAGUUUCAACUGGCAGAUAGGCCAGUGGGCCCAGAGACUAUGGCUUCUUCAAGGCUUGAGGAAUCUAUAGUUACAGUGAAUGAGCAGGAGAUUAUGCAGAACAACACUUACCUUGACCAGGAGGACCAAGUUCAUCACCACUUGAAGCCCAAGGUUUCUUUAGUAUCACCAAAUUCAGGGAUCACUAACCUGGCCCAUCCUAUGGUCUUAGAAAUGGAGUCAGUUCUCCCCGUUCACCUGCCUUUACUCAAUCCUAAAACUCUGAGGUUUCUUGAGGUACAUGUAAAAAAAUGGAUGCAUUUCCAGAGGUGGGGGCUCCCCAGGCGUGUCGAAGACUCCCUCAGGCAGCUUAUGCCAGACCCAACAUUGUUUUACCGAUCUGAAAAAAACCCACAGGUUUCCUCCAUGACUUCUCAGGUUAUUAUUGACAAAAUUAAAACCAUUUCCCACCAGACAUGGGGUUCAUUUGUGGCAGGACAGCCCAUUCAGUCUAUCUGGGUUUCGGAAUGGUCUGAUGUAAAUCCAGAACAAAGACGCCACUGUCAGCAAAUUCAAAACUAUAACGUACUAACCCUACCCUCUCCUGCCCUUAACGUACUAAAUGACUUCUAUUCACUGCAUGGGGAACAGGAUAAUGACUCACAGUGCAAUUUGCAGCAAAAAUACAACCAGCUCUUCUGUGGCCUCCCUACUAUGCACAGUGAGUCCCUGAUUGCUACUUUCUUGGACUCUAAAAGUCUCUCCAGGAACAAGAAUGUGCCCAAGUCUCCCUUGAAUGGUCCUCUUCUCUUCAGUGAGCUCCAUUCCCUGCUGUCCAAUACUCCACCUGAGUCAGCCCCAGCCUCACCCCUAGCCUCACUACCAGCCUCACCCCCAGCCUCACCCCCAACCUCCCCAAAUUGGAUGUCUCCCUCUGAGAAUCAGGUCAGUGUCCCAUUUCUGACUACAGCUGAGUGUGAAGCCUUGGAAUGGCACUUGCUGCAGAGGCAACUCCAGCUUCAGUGGGGCCUGCCAACAGUCUUCCAGAGAUCUCAGCAUGCUCCAGGUCCCAAGCAGUAUGAAACAUGUGACAAAAUCCAACCUCCUGAGACCAUGAAGACCUCCUGGCCAGGAAAGUCCUUCUCAGUCCUCACCAGGGAACUGCUCUUCUUCCCAGAGCAUGCCCGCAGGCUGCUGGAAUUCCAUCUCCAGAAGCAGUUGAUCCACCAUCGCUGGGGCCUGCCCCCAAAGAUUCAGCAGUCCAUCCAGUUGCUCCUUUCCUCCACUGACCAGCAGACCCUGACCUGGAGCAGUACAGCCCUACCCAGGGUGAGCAUGCCCCCGCUUGCAACCCUAGACGACAGUGAAGCUGGUGUCCUAUUCUCACCCAUGGUAGCCCAAAUGCCCACCCCCAUGCCACACUUGUUUGCCCAAGCCAAGGAAAUAUUGCAGAGCCACAUCGACUCCAAAUGUGGACAGAUCCACCAGGGCCAGGUCCCUGCCUGUGUAUUCAGCUCCUGGGAAUGCAGAAUUCCUGGAGGCCUGGCAGUGGCUCCCUUCCCUUGCAUUCCACAAAGCCAGCACCCGGAACUGCAGGCAGCAAGUGAACCUGACCCACAGCCCAAAGUUAUGCCCUGGAUGCCAGUGGCCCUUGAUCAGCAGCAGCAGCAGGCCUUACCAAGUGCUGACACUGAACACCCUAAGCUGCCCCGAGUCCUGUCUGAUACAGCCAUUGAGAAACUGGAAACCAUGCUGCGGCACAAGUAUCUGGUCUUCCUGUCAGGCCUGCCUGCUCUGUACUGUGUGGCCCUCUCUAGGGCCAUGGCUCCGGCAAUCUGUAGUCAACCUGUAAUCACAGAGAUGGUGUCUGGGCCUGUGGAAAUCCCAGAGGAGCCUCCGACUCCUCCACUGACUCAGAUGAUCUCAUCUGAAGACCCCUGCAGGAGGCUUGAACCACGCUUUCAAGAUGACAAUGAGACUUGGGCAGACAACACAGAGGAGUUCCAGCCUGAAGUUCGGGUAGAAGAAAUGACAGAGAUGGUGACUCCAAGGAGCCAGACUCUUCCUACUAUCCCUUCCUCAUCCAAGACACACAUCCUGGCCAAACUAAAUUUUCACCUGAGAAAAAAGGUCAUAGAGAUACACCUGGGAAUUUCCAUAAGGAUAAGGGAGAACAGGGAACCGACUGAAGGAUUCACAGAGAACAAAUCCACACAGGAGUCUCUUGGGAGUCUAAGCACCCCAGAAAGCACAGUAGUCCAGGAACUGUCCAUCACACCAGAGUCUCCUCAUGCCCCAGACUCAGAAUGGAUCCCCCUUAAAAAACAGCUGGCCACUGAGUUGAAGGCAGUACAGCACAACCUAAAGUCACUUAGUUCCAAACCAGUGCCCCAUGGAUCACCCGACUGGGCUUCCAAGAUCUCACAACUCAGUGCGAACAUGACCCAGGCCCAGAUACUUUGCGUUCAGGUGGAGGCCAGUGUGAACAACCCCAUCCUGGAGGAACCCUGGAGCCCUGAGCUCCAAAGUCCUGACAAGAUCAAGGACUCAGCCCAAGUCCUGGCACUGGCAGAAAACAAAGAGGACCCAGGGAAACCCAAGGCAGCAGGGGACCUUGGAGAAGGGGAUGCAGGGCUUGGGAUCUCCUCAGUCAGUGAAGAAAGACACCCUGCUGAAGAUCAGAGGCCAGAAAGGAUGAACAGGACAUCCCAAGGCUCCUGGCGAUGGAACCAGAGCUUUCUUCUUGAGGAUCCCUGUCCACCUAGCCACCAGCAUCACCCUCAGCUGCAGUCCCCAGAGCCACCCCCAGUAGUUCCUGGGGGGAAAGAAUCUGAGCCUGACAGGCAAGACAGUCCAAGCAAGCCACAUGUCAUCCCUGAGCCCACAAGGAACCCUAAGAAUGCCCAGCCCGUGGUGCCUCGCAUUUCCCAGGACAAGUCUUUCCUCCCCCAGAAAAUUCAGGGUAAACCUCUGCAGGGCCAAACUCUGCACAGUCAGGUCUUGCAGGGGAAGGCAAUGCCAGCCCAUUCUCACAAGAAGCCCAUCGUUCCAGAGACUGGCUUGAGAAAUAAAAUAAAAUCCUUUCUGCACUGCAUUACCCCUGAGAAGAAAGGCAAAGGGCACGUAGAGUCCAUGUUCUCCAAAGCUGGGAAAGUGUCCAAAACCAGAAAAGAAAAUGUUGAAAAGAGCCUCAUUCCAGCCAAAAGCCCCAUGGGGAGAACUAAGACAGAGAAGCCAAGUGGGCACCCCAAGGCCCGUUCAGCCUGCCCUGAGAAGCCAGUGGGCCUGACCUUCUUAGAUACCAAGGCCCGUUCAGCCUCCCCUGAGAAGCCUGUAGGCCCAGCUGCCUUAAAUGGUCCCCAUUCCCCAGACAGUAAGCUCCGGCUACGCUCCCGACAGCAUGGCUCUGCCUCAACCCUGGGCCAUCCCCGCCACUGCCCUCGGCACUGUCCUCGAGUGGCUUGUGCCUCCCAUCCAGGGAGCCUCCCCUAGCUCCCAGCCCUCAGCUCUGAAACAUCGUCCUGCUCCAGAGAACUCCCAAAGCAAUGAGGAAGUGUUUCGAGGCUCCCCAACCUGGGCAUUCCUUGAAGAGCGCUAUUUUCUUUUCCAUUGAUGAACAGGUGUAGCAGAGCACCACCUGAAAUACACUCUAUAUCUCUAA